AUGGAGAGAAUUUAUAUCAGGCCUGGGAAAGGUUUACUCAGAGCUCCAGACUGGCAGGAUGAUGCAGCUAGCAGUUCAGUUAGAAAAGCAUCGGGCGUCUUUAAAGUACACAAUUUUAUAACAUUAUCAGCACAGAUUUAUGCCAUGCGCACCGAACUCAGGAAGUUAGCUGCGUCACAAGCGCCACCACAGGUGCAUGCAGUGCAGCAAGCCAUAGCCUUUUGUGAUGUCUGUGGAGAGGGUCACAACAGUGAUCAAUGCAAGGGGCAAGGAAACAACAAUCAAUACGGAAAUUCCUACAACCCAAAUUGGAGGAACCAUCCGAAUUUUAGGUGGAGUGACAACUCAGGUAAUCAGAAGCCGAACUAUCAGUCAACACCUGCUCCUCAAGCUCCCACAAACAGUAUGGAAGAAAUGAUGAAAAAGAUGAUGGGUGACAUGCAGAAGAUGAUGUUAGACCAGCAGAAGUUGAUAGCAGAUAAUCAGAAUCGUGAUUUGGCUGUACGGAAUUUAGAGAGGCAGAUGGGACAGAUAGCUGGUGCACAAAAUACUAGACCACCUGGAGGACUUCCAAGUGACACAGAUGAAGUGACUUCAAAGAAAACUGGUCGAGUAGAAGCUGAAAAAGAGAAGGCAGUCCAGGCACCAGUGGCAAAGCAGCCACAGGCCGUGGUUGCAAAGCCACCGCCUCCAUUCCCUCAACGUCUGGCAAGACAGAAAGAAGAAGCUACUUAUUUGAAGUUUCUUGAUUUGCUUAAGCAGGUACACGUGAACGUCCCCUUGGUCGAUAUGCUGCAGGGUAUUCCAAAGUAUGCUAAGUACAUCAAAGAUAUUGUUGCAAACAAGAGCCGUUUCACAGAGUAUGCCACGAUUGCACUUACUGAGGAGUGCACUUCUCGUAUUCAGAACAAGUUGCCCACAAAAUUGAAGGAUCCCGGAAGUUUCACUAUUGAGAUUUCUGUUGGGACACAGGUUGUUGCUCGAGCACUUUGUGACCUAGGUGCAAGUAUAAAUCUGAUGCUUUCGUCUAUAUUCCGGAAGCUAGGUUUGGGAGUGCCCAGACCAACCACUAUAGUUCAGCUAGCAGACAGAUCGUUAGCAAGACCCGAAGGCAUUAUUGAAGAUGUAUUGGUACAAGUAGGGUCGUUGAUAAUUCCUGCUGACUUUGUGAUAUUAGAUUUCGAGCCAGACCUGGAAGUCCCAUUUAUUUUGGGGCGUCCGUUCUUGGCCACAUGGAGAGCACUUAUUGAUGUAGCUGUUGGGAAGCUUACCAUGUGA